CAGUCAUUUCAUUUUAACUCAAUUGCUUUUCAAUUACAAUAUUAACACCUUUUUCUCAAUUUUUCCAUCUUCAGUACACCUCUAUUCCAGCGUGUCAAAACUAUCCGAUUCCGUUAGAUCUAAGCGCCAUAUUCUACAGGUUUGCUUCAACCAAUAAGAGAGCUUGGUAUCAGGAAUGCACCUGGGCAAAGCAGGUAAGAAGCGGUCAGGCAGAGAGCAAUCAGGUAGUCGUUCAGGUAUUUCCAGUCGAGCAUGAUCGGCACGUAGCUCUCUGCCAAAAAGCUUUCCCUCCUCUUUCUCUCUCUUUUUUCCCUUAUUGGUGUGUGCUAAUUGUGACAAAAUUUGUAAAUAGGUAAGUAAAAAACAGAGUGAAACAGUUUCGUUCGAGUUCACGUCGGGUGAGUUGUGAUACUUCAAUGUCUGCUGGUUCCGUACGGGUCCUGAACUACGAAGCAGAAAUCCAGCGGACUCGGUGAAACGCUGCUGUCAAGAUAAAAGGCGAACGUUGAUCUGGCCACGAUGCCGUACUACAACAGUGGGCACAGUCCCUCCACUUACAAUAAAGAUGGAGGAUCCAGUGGUCCAUCCAGCACAUCCGGCGGACGAGUCAGUAGCUCCGAGCCGACUUACAUGAUGGAGCAUUUGGCCACGUUCACGGUCACGAAAGAAACCGGUAUUGUUUAUCCAGCGGACGGUAUGCGACGACUUUUGCAGCUGGAAAAGAGUAACGGCAUCUGGAGUCAAAAGAUGCAGCUCCGUCUGGAACGGAACUGGGUGCUGAUCAUGGACAAUGAGACCGGGGCCGUCAUGGAGCGAUUCCCAGCCUCGUUGAUACAGGAACCGACCGCGUUCACGUCGAGGGACCCGAUGGAGAUGUAUAACAACAUUCUCGUCUUCACAGUGGCGGAUGACAGCGGUUCCGGUCAACGAGCAGAAAUGCAUAUAUUCCAGUGUCAAAGCGUCUCGGCCCAGGACCUGGUGGAGGAUUUGAAGAUGUUGCAAAUGGGUAAACUGGUACCAGGUGGGUCGCCGAGAGGUCCCAGGGGUCGUAUACCACCGCCUCCGACUCUACCGCCACCGGAACCACCCUUGAACGGUGUCAACGUCCGGGAACAGGUGUCCGCCUUUAACGCUAAUAAUGCCGACGGUCAGAACGAUAUAUCCAGGGAGGAGAACAACGACGAGGUAUCAUCGACGUCCUCCGAGAAGUACGAACGAGACGUGACGAUUCUGAACCAUUGCUUCGACGAUAUCGAGAAAUUUAUCGCCCGUCUCCAACACGCGGCGGCCGCUUCCAAAGAGCUCGAACGUCGAAGAAGGAACAGGAAGUCGAAGAAGAGGAACCUAGGCGACGGUAUGCUGACAAUGAGAGCGAAACCACCGCCCGAGAUGGAAUUCAUCGACAUAUUCCAGAAGUUCAAGCUCUCGUUCAACCUGCUUGCCAAGCUGAAGGCCCACAUUCACGAUCCGAACGCGCCCGAGCUCGUACACUUUCUCUUCACGCCGCUCGCGUUGAUCGUGGACGCGUCCCACGACACCAAUUACGAUCCGAAUCUACCGAGCAAAGUUGUCUCCCCGUUGUUGACCAGAGAGGCUGUCAAUUUAUUGAUCAAUUGCGUGACCAGCAAAGAGACUGAACUCUGGCACUCGUUGGGCGAUACCUGGUUGAUACCGAGAGAUCAAUGGAAAGGUCACGUGCCACCGUAUCAUCCUAUCUUCAUGGACGGUUGGUCGCCCGAGUAUCCGAUCCCGGAGGACAGGGAUCACGAUCACUUAGCUUCGCUCUUGAACGCCGAUAAACAGAAGAGGGACGAGCUUCCUGAACAGCAGAACGAUCCUUAUUAUAAUCAUAGGGAGGUCGACGAAUCCCACUACAGCAGCGACUACUUGGAGUACGAGAGCAGAGAAGAGCGCGGAGGGAACGAGUACUUCGAGAGGAAUUACGGGCCUAGCUCCGAGUUGUACAGAGAGGAGAGAGUGGUCGAGCAGACGAGAGCUCACAGCGAUAUAUCCGUCGAUUCGAUCGAGAGAACACCGAGAGCCGGCGGUAUGGAACGGGCACAGGAGGCCUGGCUGGACGACCUGCUCACCCGACACGCCAAGAUCGUACAAGUCACUUAUCCGCGAACGGCGAACAACGACAAGGAGCUGACCGUCGUAAGAGGCGAAUACCUCGAGAUACUAGACGAUAGCAGGAAAUGGUGGAAGGCGAGGAAUUCCAGAGGGCAAGUCGCGCACGUGCCUCACACAAUCGUCACGCCUCACAAUCCUUCUCAUUCGAACGACAACGAUGUUUUUAACAAUCCGUUGUACACGAGCCGAUACCCGAGGCAGGGGCACGGCUAUAAUUACGAGGAUUCAGAAAUCGAAAGAACCAGCACUAGUCCAGGACCGGAAGCCACCCACCGAACGCACGCGAUUCCACCUCCAGCGCCGGCAGAUUGGGUGAGAAAAGAGAGACUCGGGAAAAAAGAUGAGCCCUCUGAUGUUGCCAUCUCUAACAGUAGCAACAAAGUAUCACUUGCUGUCCAGACUGAAAUUAUUGAAGAACCACCAGCAACACCUAAAGUUAAAGAGAAUGAGAAACCAAAGGCCAAUGAAUCAACAGAAUUGGUUCAAGUUCAUCCUCCACCAGCCAACGUGUCUGAGGAAAUUGUUCCUGGAAGAACAACACCUCCACCACCACCCCCACCUCCACCUUUGGAGAGUCAGUCAUCGGUUAUUUCAACCAUAUCAACCAAAUCAUUGAAGAGUAAUUCACCUCCCAUCGGACUGCGCACUGAGAAACGGGUGCAGGAGGAGCUGAAACAGGUGUUAAUGAUAUACCGGGAGAAGAAACGACACGACAAAGAUGGUUUAUCACCUAAGGUUUUUUUGGACCGAUUUUCUUCACCCAGAGAAGUACAAAAUUGGUUGACAGCCAAAGAGUUCUCAGAAAAAACUUGCAAACAAUUAAGGGACAUGACUGGUUCAGAGGUGAUGGAGUUAACCAGGCGACAAUUGGAACAAUAUUGUGGUGUUGCUGAGGGUGGUAAACUUUUCGAUGAUAUUGAAUUAGCGAAAAACGAGAGCGAGAAGAAGAGCCCUCGGGUGUCGAAAUUGAAGCAGAUACUGGAGAAAGCUAGGCACAAAGUUGAGGAACACUGAUACGACUAUAAAAAUACUCUUGAAUAAUUAUACAAUAUGAUACGUAUCUCUGUUGUAUAUGUAACUAUUAAUAGAUACAUAAAAGAAAGGUAAUAAUAUUCUAGCAAUAUUAUACAAAUUUGUAUAUCUGAGCAUUGUACUUAAGAGUAUUUUUAGGAUAAAUGUUUCUGAUGAGAUUCUUCCGUACAAAUUAAACGGUUCGUUUAAUAUUCAUGUCAGGAUUUUAUUUCAAGCAAUCACAUACAUUUGUAACAGACAUAAAUACGUACUCUAGCUGUAUCACUUAAUUAUGUCGAUAAACUAUACAUUCCAUUUCGAAUACUCGACUCGAAGUCACGCGCAACGUGAACACAUUGAUAAUAAUCAUACGUUUUCAUUUAUUUUCCUGCGGUUUAUAAAGGUAAAUCUGUUACCAAGCCCUCGGAAUACUUAUCGUUCGAACAACAAAUUUCUUUGUAGAAUGUAGAUCUUCAUGUAACAGCGAACAAAUUAACGCAAGACGAUCGUUAAACAAAUGUAACGCGCAUAAUAAACAAUAUUCAGAACGUGGACUGAAUAAUGGAAACACUAGUUAAAUGACCAAUUGUAACAAGACAUGUUGAGGCUCUAAUUACCAAGCAUACAAAUUGUAAAUUUUUAUGUUGCUGCCUUGUAUCAUUGAUAUAUAUAAUAGUAUUACUAUUUAAAAUUU